GAGAAAGAGAAAGAGUUCCUAUUUUUGCUCUUCUGUUGCCAUGUCUCUUCUCUGGAUGAGUUAGGCUUAUUCUCUCACUCUCUCAUUUUUUAAUAUUAUUCAAAAAAUAAAAAAAUCUGUUCUUCUCUUUCUUAUUUCAUCUAAUUUUAUCUCUCUUCUGCUUCGUUACUUUACUCAGCUCUCCUUUUCUCUUUCAAACUAUCAAACACCACUCUUUUUUUUUUUUAAUCCUUUUCCUUUUCUCUCCUAUGUUUAAUGUAAUUUCAUGAUAUGGGUUUUACUUUGCUGGAUCUGGUUGAUAUUAUUUUCAUAUUUUUUUAUUGGUUAUUUUUAGUUUUCAUGAAGCUCCAAUUUCAUUCAGAUUGGGGUUUAUGGUUUUGAUCGGGUCUUAAUUUCCAGCUCCCCAUUUUUAUGUUAAUUAUUAUUUUUCAAAUCUUAUCCAAUUUGUUUUAAUUUAUCUCCAACAAUAAUAUUGUUAUUUUGAUUUUGCCUUUUAAUUUCCAUUCAUUUCAUUAUCCCAUUCUUGCUUUUUCAUUUGCUGCUAGUUUUAUAUUUCUUGAGAUCUUAGGUUUUAGUCUGUGGGAAAAGAUGUAAAUCAUGGGUGCCUCAUUACUCCAUUGAAUUUGGCAACCUGUACCUGUCUUUAUUCCAUCCAGGCAUAUUCAGGAGAUGGGCAAAAUUACAAAUGGACGUGAGGACAAUAAAAGGUCAAAAGGCCAUCGGGAUUCACCAGCAAUUGAAGAAGCCAGUAAUGGUCCCCUGAAGAAAGGCCCAUGGACCUCAGCAGAAGAUGCGGUUUUGGUGGACUAUGUCACUAAGCAUGGAGAGGGAAAUUGGAAUGCAGUCCAGAAGCAUUCAGGGCUUUCUCGUUGCGGAAAAAGCUGCCGCCUGCGAUGGGCAAAUCACCUACGACCAGAUUUAAAGAAGGGUGCAUUCACUCCAGAGGAAGAGAGACGAAUAAUUGAACUCCAUGCUAAUAUGGGAAACAAAUGGGCAAGGAUGGCUGCAGAGUUGCCUGGACGCACAGAUAAUGAGAUAAAGAACUACUGGAAUACGAGAAUAAAGAGACUGCAACGUGCUGGUUUACCGAUUUAUCCUCCAGAAGUGUGCCUUAAAAUAUUAAAUGGAAGUCAGAAAAGUCAAAACAUUGGCACACUGCAAACUGCAGACACACAUGGUCCUGAUCUGACACAGAUGGACCAUUUGGAGAUUCCAGAAGCGGAAUUCAAGAAUUUAGAACUCAAUCAAGGUCUUCUAUCUUAUUCACCAACAGUUCUUGAUAUUCCUGCAAGCAGCAUGCUGAAACAAGGUGUAGAUUCUUCCCAUAGUAAUAGCUUUAUGUUCCCAACUAUUAAUCCUAACAAACGCCUUCGAGAAUCACAGAUCAUGUUCCCUAGUCUGGAUGGUAAUGUCAGCAGUGGUCACUCUGCUUUCAUUCAAUCAACAGAUUAUUUUUCUGAGAAAAUCACAGAAUCUUUUGGUAUGUCUUCUCAAUAUGAUUCUCAUACCAACACCUAUGGCCAGCCACCAUUGGGUGGUCUUCCUGGCAGUCAUGCCCUGUUAAAUGACAAUUCUUCUUCUUCUGAGCCCUCAUGUGGGGCUAUGAAGUUGGAGCUCCCUUCACUCCAAUAUUUAGACACUCAACAAGAUAGCUGGGGAACACCUACUUCCCCAUUGCUUUCACUUGAGUCCGUUGAUACUUUGAUUCAUUCUCCUCCAACUGAACAGACCCAGUCAGAUUUUCUUUCACCACGAAGCAGUGGUCUGUUGGAAGCAGUGCUAUAUGAAUCACAGACGUUGAAGAACUCCAAGAAAUGCUCAGAUACUUCUGUUGCAUGUGGUGUAGAGAAUUACCCCUUGAAUCCCUAUAAGACAGAAUGGGAAGUACAUGGGGACCCAAACUCUCCUUUAGGUCAUUCUGCUGCAUCAGUAUUCAGUUCAUGUACUCCUAUCAGUGGAAGCUCAUUAGAUGAACCAGGAUUUGAUGUUAAGCCAGAAACAGCCAAUCCGGUUUCAACCCUAUACAUUUUAGACAAGGAAGCUCCCAAUCAGAUUGACUUUAUGAGGCCAGAUGUUUUACUUGGGUCAGGCUGGUUUGGGCUUGGCGGUGGGUGUAUCAAUGACCAAUCCGUUCGAACUGAUUCAGUAGGAUCUGCAUUUGGUGAUGCUGUCAACAGCGAAUGCUAGCAAAUGGAUGUUCAGAAUUUUAAUCAAGAUUGUAAAUGAGACAACAUGCUGAUGCAGUUAAGGAAGUCUAAGAAAGAUUGAAUUUAAGAUUCUAUUAAUUAGGAAGUUUAGAAUUCUAUUAUUUAGAAAUUUUAUUAGAUUUAUUAUUUUUUUUUUCUAAUUUGAGUUUGUUUAGUAUUCCUAAUUUGUUAAACUAUUGAAAGUUUUUGGAAUCAGUAAUGAGAAUCACAAUUGAAAUAAUUUUGAUAUUAUGAAAA